AUGCAGGCCGCCUUGGACAAGGACCUUUUGCAGCUCUUGCGGAAGCGGGAGAUGGACACAGUGCUAAAGCACAUCAACCAGCCGGUGGAACACGCCGCGGGUGUCACGAGCCGUCUCGUGUUGGCCCAAGUCCAAGAGUGCCAUUUCCGCGUCGCCAAGAAGCUCGUUCGCGACGUGGAGGAGAGCAUUGUGAGCGCGAGUGCCUCGGCGCGUGACACCGCGAGCAAGCGCAGUGAAGCCUUUGUCCACGCACUGCGCCUCGAGCUGCAGAGUCGGCUCAAGUGCAGCGGUACGAGCGCGCUCAUCGAGAGCCUUCCGUCGGUCGCGGGGCUCGUUAUGAACUGCGACGACCAAGGACCGUCGGUGUUUUCUCUCAGAGUCCAUCACGUCGGACGCAGCGUCCCGCAGAGUCUUGUGGCGCGUCUGAAAGCCCUCGACGAUCGUCUCAAUCCAUCGACCAUGUGGAGCUCGUUGAUCACGGAAAAAAUCAUCCAGGUCAUCCGGAACGAAGCGUACGGUGCGGCCGACGGCAUCAUGCCGCGCUGUGGGAAGCCCUGUCCGCGCUGCAAGUGUCCGUGCACCAAGGCGCUGGGCCAUGUCUCGUCGACGGACGGCGCGCUCCACGACACGUACCACCAGCCGGAAGGCCUCACUGGUGUCAAUUGGCACGGAACAAACGAGCUGGUUGCGCUAAGUUGCGCGACCAACGUGAUCAAGAACUGCAGCGUAUUAUUCCCAAGCGGCAAACGAUCGUACAAGGAGUUUGAGGCGAUCUAUCCUGGCUGGGCCUUGCCGCGCGUGACCAAGUUUCUUCCGCUGCGCGAGUACAUCUUUGCCAACUGCCAGCCCGAGCUCGUGCAAAAGUACAACAAACUCAAGUGCUCCAACAUUCCCGCCUCGUAUGCCCACGACCUUGGCGAAAUUGAAAAACAGAUCGAGCGUUUGCUUCGUUAA